AUGCUCAAAGGCCAAGCCUUGGAUUUUUACUAUAACAACAAGGAAAUAUGGGAAGCAAGUGACCAUGACCCCGUUGAAGGAAUUCGUGCCUAUUUUGAAGGCCUGGAAUAUCAUCGAACUGUACUGGAUAAGUGGAGCGGAAUUUCGCUUCAAAAUACAGUCGAUGAGAACCCAGAGAAGACAUUAAAAGCGUGUCUCAACAUGAUGCUAACAGAACUUGCAAGUUUAUACGACCGCCUAGCUCCAAAACUACGCAACGAAGAAUUUUACCUUCCACGAAUGGGCACCGCACUGCAAACUCUAGCACCAACACAUACUUUAUGGAUCGACGGUAUUAUAACCAACAGUCACACUCGCCUUCUUAAGGCUAUUCAAUACGACAACACCCCAACCAGAGAGGCAAGAAAAAGUGCUUUGUAUAUCAAAAACCCGACUGCUGGUCAACACGUCACACGCCCAAGGAAAGAGCGGAUUCAAAACGCCCGUAUUGAUCAAUAUAUUGCCGACUACGAGGGCACAGAGGAUGACGAUGAGGAACUGCCAGAGGAACUCUUAUCAGCUGCUGAUGACCUUAUUCUGACAGACGAUUAUAAAUCCGGACCUACACAUGAUGCCUUGUCAACCCUGUUCACAGCCACAUUCUUUACAACGCACAACGAUAAUGACACGAACCAUAGUCUGUCAAUAAUCAUGGAACUAGCAAACUGUUCCGCUUUGCACUGGAUUGCCUCACUAUUCCUGAAGCCUGACUUGGAAACUGAUUCAUACAAAACCAACGAAGCAACUCUUAAGGUUCUGACCCCUAAGUCAAGUCACGUCUAUCUAAAUGAGGGCCGCUAUUUGUCAGAAAGCUUUAAGGGUAUUGUUAUUGACACUGGUGCCGCGCAACUCUCUACAGCCGGAUAUGGGCAAUACCUUGCUUACAAGAGAAUCGUCAGAAAUAUCAAUAUUAAUACUACAACGGCUGGCACGGCAACAGUUCAAUUUGGACCUGGCGAUCCCUAUCAGUCAAUAGGGUCAAUUGACGUGCCUACACCUAUUGGUACUAUAUGGUUCCAUAUCCUGAUAACCACGACACUGUUCCUAAUGUCGCUGUACAAACUCGACAGACUAAAACUCUAUUUUGACAAUACCUGCAAUCUCCUUAUCAAUAAGAAAACGGGAAAAACAACACCAGUCAUUCGUCAGUUUGGCCAUCCAUUCCUUGUAUGGGACUACUCCUACUAUACCCACUUACUUACCUCAUUUGACUACAACCCCUGCCUCCUCACCGAUACCGAAUUAUGCUGUCUACACCGCCGAUUUGGCCACCCUUCAACUAAUAGACUUCGCCGUGUACUUACACGUGCGGGCCACAAAACCAACAAGGAAGCAAUUGAGCACAUUCGCAAAUUCUGCCACCAUUGUCAAAUGUAUGACAAGUCACCUGGACGAUUCUGGUUCACACUACAUGAAGAUGUUGACUUCAAUCACUCUAUCAUUAUUGAUAUUAUGUACCUUGAUGGAGACCCUGUACUUCACAUUGUCGAUAAAGCAACAUGCUUCAAUGCCGCUGCGUAG